CCAUAUAUGGAUGAAAACUUUGUUUCAAGAGCAUUUGCCACCAUGGGAGAGCUUGUACUGAGUGUAAAAAUCAUUCGAAACAGGUUGACAGGAAUUCCAGCAGGCUAUUGCUUUGUAGAAUUUGCAGAUCUAGCUACUGCAGAGAAAUGUUUACACAAAAUCAAUGGAAAACCGCUUCCUGGUGCUACACCGGCAAAGCGAUUUAAAUUGAAUUAUGCAACGUAUGGAAAACAGCCGGAUAACAGUCCAGAAUAUUCACUUUUUGUGGGAGACCUGACUCCUGAUGUGGAUGAUGGCAUGUUAUAUGAAUUUUUUGUUAAAGUUUAUCCAUCGUGUAGAGGUGGAAAAGUUGUUUUGGACCAGGCAGGAGUAUCCAAAGGUUACGGGUUCGUGAAAUUCACGGAUGAACUGGAACAGAAAAGAGCGCUGACGGAGUGUCAAGGAGCUGUGGGGUUGGGCUCUAAACCUGUACGCUUGAGUGUGGCUAUACCAAAAGCUAAUCGUGUGAAAACAAUGGAGUACAAUCAGAUGUACAACUAUAAUUAUAACCAAUAUUACCAACAAUAUCACAACUACUACGCCCAAUGGGGCUACGACCAGAACACAGGCAGUUACAGCUACAGCUAUCCCCAGUACGGAUACACGCAGAGCACGAUGCAGUCUUAUGAAGAAGUUGGUGAGGAUGCAUUGGAAGAUCCGACGCCUCAGUUGGAUGUCCAUGAAGCAAAUAAACAGUUUAUGGAACAGAGUGAAGAGCUCUACGAUGCCUUGAUGGACUGUCAUUGGCAGCCUUUGGACACUGUCUCGUCAGAGAUUCCAGCCGUGUUAUAG